AACCCUAACUGCCCUUCUUCCUCUCCCGCUUUAUGCAACUCCUGCAGCAGCAGGGGAAGAUCAAGAACCUCCUCUCUCUCUCUCUCUCUUUACACACACACCCUUUUUUUUCUUGUACGAAACUAGAAAGCCAUGCCUUCACUAGCCCUAGCUGAUCCUCUUCUAUCCGAUACCCCCAAGGACAAGAAGGAGAAGAAGAACAAGAAGAUGAAGAGUAUGGAAACAGUAAACAAAACUGUAGAAGCUGAUUCUCCGAUUAGCGAUAAGAAGAAGAAGAAGAAGCGAAAGGCUUUGGAGAUCGAGGAGGCGGAAGAGAGGAGCGAGACGAGCUCGGAGCUAUUUGAUCCUGUGAACUGGAAGGCCGAGGAGUCGGAGAAGAAUAAAAAAAACAAGAAGCAGAAAAAGGCGAAGGUUGAGGAGGAGGAUGAGGAGGGUCCGAAUGCGGUGUCCAGGUUUCGGAUUUCGGAGCCGUUGAAGGCCAAGUUGAAGGAGAAGGGAAUCGAGUCGUUGUUUCCGAUUCAGGCAAUGACCUUCGAUACCAUUCUAGACGGUUCGGAUUUGGUCGGUCGCGCGCGCACGGGUCAGGGUAAAACGCUUGCCUUUGUGUUGCCCAUAUUGGAGUCACUCACAAAUGGACUGACUAAAGCUUUGCGAAAAACUGGUUAUGGGAGGGCACCAAGUGUUUUGGUACUGUUACCUACUAGAGAACUGGCCAAACAGGUGCAUGCUGAGUUUGAAGUUUAUGGCGGAGCAUUGGGGUUGGUUUCAUGCUGUCUAUAUGGCGGAGCUCCAUACCAAAGUCAAGAGAUUAAACUCAAGAGAGGGGUUGAUAUAGUCAUUGGAACACCUGGUCGAAUUAAGGAUCACAUAGAGAGGGGGAAUAUUGACUUUAGCUCUCUGAAGUUCCGGGUCCUUGAUGAGGCUGAUGAAAUGCUGAGGAUGGGUUUUGUUGAAGAUGUUGAACUAAUUCUAGGCAAGGUAGAAGAUACAAGUAAAGUUCAAACACUGCUCUUCAGUGCCACCCUGCCUGGCUGGGUUAAGCAGAUCGCUUCUAGGUUUCUUAAUCCAAGCAAGAAAACUGCUGACCUUGUUGGAAACGAGAAAAUGAAAGCUAGUACAAAUGUUAGGCAUAUUGUCCUUCCCUGUUCUAGCUCUGCAAGAUCCCAGCUUAUUCCAGACGUCAUUCGCUGUUAUAGCAGUGGAGGCCGGACUAUUAUUUUUACCGAAACAAAGGAUUCUGCUUCUUCACUUGCUGAGUUGUUGCCUGGGGCACGACCGUUGCAUGGGGAUAUACAGCAGGCUCAACGUGAGGUCACGCUUGCUGGCUUCAGGUCUGGAAAGUUCAUGACAUUAGUUGCCACAAAUGUGGCGGCGCGGGGAUUGGACAUCAAUGAUGUGCAAUUAAUUAUCCAGUGUGAACCUCCUCGUGAUGUUGAAGACUAUAUCCACCGAUCUGGACGCACAGGAAGAGCUGGUAAUACUGGAGUUGCAGUAAUGCUCUAUGAUCCCAGAAAGUCCAAUAUAUCUAAGAUAGAAAGAGAAUCUGGUGUGAAGUUUGAGCACAUAUCUGCUCCUCAGCAAGCUGAUAUUGCCAAAGCUGCUGGUGGAGAAGCUGCGGAGAUGAUAACCCAAGUCUCUGACAAUGUAAUUCCUGCUUUCAAAUCUGCUGCUGAGGAGUUGCUGAACACCUCUGGUCUGUCAGCUGUUGAAUUACUUGCAAAAGCUCUUGCCAAGGCUGCUGGUUAUACAGAGAUAAAGAAAAGAUCACUUCUCGCUUCAAUGGAGAAUUACGUCACAGUACUUGUUGAGGCUGGAAGUCCAAUCUAUACACCAUCAUUUGCUUAUAGAGUCCUGAGGAGAUUCUUGCCUGAGGAGAAGGUUGAGGCGGUGAAGGGUCUUGCUCUCACAGCCGAUGGAAAGGGUGCAGUGUUUGAUGUUCCUGCUGAAGACUUGGAUACAUUUCUUGCUGGUCAGGAGAAUGCAGCUAAUGUGAGCUUAGAAGUGUUGGAAGCAUUGCCACGCUUGCAGGAAAGAGACCAGUCAAGAGGGGGAAGAUUUGGUAGUGGUGGUCGGGGUGGUUUUGGUGAUAGAAGUGGGGGCAGGUUUUCUGGUGGAAGAGGUGGUGGUGGUGGUGGUGGUGGUGGUUUUUCCGGCCGAGGAAAUAAUAGGUUUAACAAUGGCUCUGGUGGGAGGGGUUACAAAAAAUGGUGAAGUGCUUCUAAGCUGUUAGUAUCAAGUAACCAUCGGUGAGCAUUGGUCGAGGCAGAGUUAUGUGUGAUAACGAAAGAAAAUAUUCGGUACAGGGACUUAAGUGUAGACUGGCUCGGUAUAGAAUUUUUCUUUUGCCUUUUUUUUUUUUUGUUUUGCCUUAAUUAUCGGGGCUAAGUUAUAGAGGUCUUGGGGAUUUUUCCGUCUCUCCCCAUUUGCUUCUCAUUUUUGCGGCAAAUGUAAGAUGUGUUCGAAUCUCUAUUAUUAUUGAAUGACCCACGAGAAAAUAAA